GGGCGCUAUCAAUAAUCCGAAUGAACUCUGAAAAAGUGCUGUAUAAUAUUAAUAACUGAUUCAAAACAAUCGUUUAUUACCCUAUACCUGUCAUUUAAAGUGGUGAUGUCGAAGACUAUUAUUGUUCGAAUUCAGUCACCAGAGGGCACAAAGCGAAUCAAUGUUUCACCAUCGUCAUCCUGUUCAAAAUUAUUACGCAAGGUAGCAGAUGAACUCCAGUUGCCUAAAGAUGGCUUCAACCUCUACAAAAACAGAAACAAAACACAAGAGCUGACAUCAUCGUCAUCAUCACGACAAACCAUUAGUAGCUUCCAAAUAAGAAAUGGAGACAUGCUUUAUUUGUUCCCAAAUGUUCGUGGUGCGAGUGCAAUGGAAACAGAGGAUGCUGGUACUGGUGAGGCGGGCGUUACCGCUGCCCCGGGUGAGGUUGAGGAGGACGAAGUGGACGUGCUCCUGGCUAAAGAAGAUGGCCGCAUUUAUAGAAAGAGAGAUCAACAAUUCUGUCAUCACAACGAGAACUCUAAAUGUGUGCAUUGUGUCCCAUUGGAGCCGUAUGAUGAGAAGUACAUGAUGAUGCAAGACCCACCCAUAAAGCACAUGUCCUUUCACACAUAUAUACGCAAGUUGAAAGGCGGUGCAGAUAAGGGUAAAUUUAUUAAUCUUGAAAACUUGUCAUGUAAAAUAAAGACAAACUGUCCAACUGGGCAUGCUCCGUGGCCUGAGGGCAUUUGCACAAACUGUCAACCCAGCCCAGUGACUCUAGAUAGACAGAUGUAUCGACAUGUAGAUAAUGUAAUGUUUGAGAAUGGAUCCGUCAUAGAUCACUUUCUAGAGUACUGGCGUAAGACUGGUUUCCAGCGGAUAGGGUACAUGCUAGGUCGCUAUGAUAUUCAUAAAGAUGUUCCACUUGGAAUAAAGGCUAUUGUUUCCACAAUAUAUGAACCUCCUCAGAGAGCUACAGCCAAUAGUGUUGAACUACUUUUAGAUCCAAAAAAUGAAACAUUAGAUAGAAUAGCAAACAAACUUGGGCUAAGAAAGGUCGGCUGGAUAUUCACAGAUUUAAUACCAGAAGAUUUAAAUAAAGGAACAGUCAAGCAUACAAGAAACAUGGAUGCACACUUCCUUAGUGCUGAAGAAUGCAUCAUGGCUGCUAACUUUCAGAACCAGUAUUCCAAUCCGUGUAACGCAGCUACAGAUAGAUAUUUUGGAUCCAAGUUUGUUACAUGUAUUAUAACAGGUGAUGUUGAUAAUCAGAUACAUCCAGAAUGUUACCAGGUUUCAAAUCAGUGUAUGGCACUCGUCAGGGACAACUGUCUAAUCCCAACAAAAGAUGCCCCGGAGCUUGGCUACAUACGAGAGUCCACGCAGGAACAGUAUGUCCCAGAUGUCUUCUAUAAUGAAAAAGAUAGCUAUGGAAAUGUGCUGAAGAAGCUAGCCCGCCCUCUACCGGUUGAAUUCCUGUUACUGGACGUACCCAGUGGUUUUUCGAAGGAUCCUAUCUAUGCAUUUAAUGGGCGUAAUGCUGCUAACCAUUUCCCAAUAGAAAAUAGGUCAGACAUUGGGGAGAUCCAAGAUUUAUCAUCCUUAUCCAAGUACAUGAAACAGUUUCCCAGUUCAGAGUUCUUGCAAGCAAUGUCAGAUUUUCAUCUUCUUAUUUACUUAGCAACAUUUGAAAUGUUUCCUCUUAAGGAACAUAUGGAGCUGUUACUUGAUGCUAUGAAAACGCAGGAUAAACGACUGGCAGAUGAAUGGAGCAAAGGAGAGCAUUGGUCAACGCUACAGCACUUUAUGGCCGCACAAGCUCCAAGUCCCACAUUCACCUCUGCCCCAGUUGACGUCUCGGACGAAUCGGCAUCAUCAAGUGCCACCUGGUCGUGUCAAGCGUGUACAUUCAUCAAUUCCGGUAAUCGCAUGGCCUGCGAGUUAUGCGAGGGUCCCAGACAACCCUAGAAAAACAGCAGAUAACAGUAGACAGCUCUUAUUUUAUUAUCACAACUCUUGCAAUGUGUACUCUCGUGAAAAUUAUGAAAUAAUGGAUGAACUCUUACUGUAAUAUUAUUGUUAUUAUUAAUUAUUAAUAUUAUAUUAUUUAUUUUUUUAUUACUUUCUAUUAAUUUUUCUAUUAUUCAUUAUUAUCAUUAUUAUUAUUAUUAUCAUUAUUAUUAUUAUUAUUAUUAUUAUUAUUAUUAUUAUUAUUCUGCAAUCUAUGUUAAGUAAAGUGCUGAUCCCCUUGCACUCAAAAUGUAUAAUGAUAGUUUAUAGCUUGUUACAUAUUUAAAGUUAAUAUCCCGAUAUAAAAAAUGUUAUAUUUAUAUACAGUAAUGUAGGAAUGCCUCUAAAUCGGAGUGCACACUGCUUGUUACUACUUCUAUAGUGGUUUUCCGUGUGGUUGCAAAAUGCCACGGGUGACACUAUUCUAUGGUAAUCACAAUGCAAAGAUAAUUGGCUUAGACUGCCACCGACGAUCAGUAACAAGCACAGUUACAGAGCAUGGACAUAUUUCUUAGAUCUGAUCUAACCGCAAAGAAAUUCUAAGGAAAUCAGAAGCUAACAAAAAACUCUUUAUUUAUAAAUUUUUUUUGCAUUAAAAACAAAUUUGGUGAGUUGAUGAAAAUAAAAAAAUGCCAUGCCUUACUGACAGGAAUAACCUGGUUCGAAUCGCAA